CUAAUCUAUUAGACAACAUAUAACGUCAUGUCCACCCUUGAUGCGGUUGUUGCUUCAAAUAACUAUUUUACUGCAGAGCUAGCAAAAACAAUGAGCAGUGAUGAGAAUAUUGUGAUGUCCCCUCUUAGCAUGCUAACUGCUCUGGCACUGGUGUGUCUUGGAGCCAAGGGUAAAACUGAAGCACAAAUGAAGAAGGUUCUACACUUUGAAAGCUGCACAGAUAUACAUUCUGGGUUUAAACAACUGUUAUCAGCCCUCACUGAGACUGAAGAAUAUAUACUUAACAUUGACAACACACUCUUUGUUGAAGAAACAUUUAACAUAUCUGAAACGUUCAUCAAUGUUUCUAAAGUAUGGUACAACUCAAACCCAGAAUUAGUUGACUUCAAAAAUCAUCCACGAGGUUCCUGGGAGUAUAUAGUUAACUGGCUUAAAGAAAAGACUGAAGAUACCUUUCAAACCAUGUCUGUGGACUCCAUAACUAAUAAUACAAAGCUUGUAGUUGUUAACACGGCAUAUUUACUGGCAAACUGGACACAGAGUUUUCAUCAGCUUCACACACAAAAUGAAUCAUUUACUCUGAGCACUAAUGAAAUAGUAUAUACGCAGUUGAUGAGCGUAGAAGGUUAUUUUAAUAUCCGAGAAAUAACAGAUGAAAUGUUAAGUAUCAUCGAGCUUCCAUAUGGAAAAAGUAAAAAUCUGCGCAUGUAUGUUAUAUUGCCAGGUACAUAUGAUGGUUUAAAAAAGAUUCAACAAAAUAUAUCAUAUGAGCAGCUUAAUGACUGGACCAACCCAGAGAAUAUGAACAGAACAUUCACAGAGGUUUACCUCCCUCACUUUAAGAUAGACAGUAGCUAUUCAAUGAAAGAUUUCCUGCGUCAUAUGGGAAUGACUGAUGUUUUUAUUGAUACCAGAUCAAAUCUGACUGAAAUACCCCAAGAAAGUUUGUAUGUGUCAGACAUCAUUAAUCUAGUAACCAUGGAGGCAGAUGAAGAUGGUACUAAAGAAUCAACUAAUAUUGAUGAUCAUUUGGGAUUUUUGUCCUUAAAGCUUCCACAAAUGACCUUCAAAGCAGAUCAUCCAUUCAUCUUCAUUAUACGGGAUAUGCUGAGCAAAUGUUUUAUAUUUUAUGGAGCAUUUCAAAGGCCAUGAUUAGUGUUGAGCAAAUCAAAACAUCCGAAGCAGAAUUUGAUCCAAAUCCAAAGAUUUUUUUAAAAUCAAAAUCCAAAGAAAAAAAUUUGAUUUGCCCAAAGCUGAAUUUUUGGGCGCUUCAAGGUAGCAAAUCAAUUUUUCCUAAAAUAGUGGCUGAAAAUAAAAAUAUAUUAUACUCACCUCAUCCACUUAAUCACGGAAAGGUCUUGUGCCUCUGUCUUGAUUGAAGAAAACCCAAUAAAGGACCUGCUGCGAGCUUGAAGAAGUCACCACGUGAUCACACUGGCCGCAUGUGGUGUGACCUCAGCCAUGAUGAUGUCACUGUGUGCGGCCAACGUGAUCACGUGGUGAUGUCAUCAUGUUUGUCAGAGGUUCUUUGGCAGGUUUUCUUCAAUCAACAUGAAAGCUCACGGCCAUUUCACAAAUAAGUGGAUGAGGUGAGUAUAUAUAUAUUUUUUUAACCCUGGAUUAACUCCUUGAGCACCUGAAUGCAAGCCUCAGAUGCCGCGAUCUAAAUGAUGGGGGGGGGUCACCAUUCCCUGUCAUUGCGCCCUCUCCAUACAUUGGAAAAGGAUUUAUGACAAAGUAAUUCGUAACAAAUUGACGGAUCAAAUUUUUCUAAACUUCGCUCAUCACUAGUCACCAUAAAGUGGCGUGGGAAAACCGUGCCACUCACUUAGUGUUACAGCCCCCUCUCCAGCAGUCAAGGCUCGCCAAUGUCAGCGGAAGAAGGCUGUCUUCCCUCUCAUCGACUUCAGUGUCGUCUAAAGCUCCUGAUGUUUGCAUUUCCACCCAAAAUUUUGAGAGACUAACCUUCAUAAAGAUGAAUCAGGCGUGGAUCAACCUGGAUUUCCAGAUGCUGGUGCCUGAUGCAACAGAACAUGUGUUCAUACUGUAGCCACUAAUAAUCAUAUUGUAGUGUUCUGCCGUCAAAAUAUUCUGAAAAAUGGGCGGAUACUUCUGCCCAUGUGCUGCUGCCAUCAUUCUGAGUCAACCAUCUUCCUGAUUCCACCCGCCAGCUGCCUCUACUGCUGUUCCUACAAUCGGGCUUCUUGGCCUACUUAUAUGUACAGCUUACAUUUUUAAAAAGGAUAUGCAUGCCAUUGAGCUAUCACACUUCUGGUUUUGGGUUCUGCUACUACUGUGAUUAGACACCAUCUUGUGCUGUAUGCCACUGCUGCUGCCCCCCACUCUGUCAUGGGACCACUAUUGUCCCUGUUACUGCCACUGCUGUCCGUCCCCAUCUCCACUCUUAUGGGUUCACUAUGGUCCCUUUUACUGCCACUGUUGAUGGCUCCCAUACCCACUAUGUUAUGGGGCCAUUAUUGUCCCUGUUUGUCCAUGUUGACAUCACAAUAUAUUUUUCCGUUCUUCUUAUUCGUCAGAACACAUGGUCAGUAUGUACUGGAACAAAGAGAUGUGAGGCGGCACUGCCGCAAACCUCAUCCAGGUGAGGGAUGGUACACUGUAAAAACCAGUCCAGUUAAAGCAAUAUGAGGAGGUGCUCUGCUAUUGAGUAGUAUAAAGUCCAAGCAAAUAAAGGUAUGAUCCAGAGAUAAGAAAUAAUAGCGGCAAUCACCGAU